AUGAAGACGGCAAUCCAGCAGGAAUGCCAGGGCGCCAAGACGACGCCGCAAAUGCUUAAGGAUGAGCUCUCGAAGCUCCCACCAUUCAACUACUACCUAUUGUUCGCGAUUACCUGCCACAUCAGCCUGUUGCACUCAUGUUCCGAAUUCAACAAGAUGAACUACAACAACCUGUGCAUCUGUUUCCAGCCGGCUAUCAAGAUCGACGCCUUCUGUUUCCAAUUUCUUAUUCUGGACUGGCGAAACUGUUGGCAAGGCUGUUGGACGGAGAAGGACUUUUUGACAGACGAAAUCAACUUCCUCAACCAUGUACAAGAAGUUGAGUCCCAGCAGCAGCAACAACAACAACAAGAGCAGCAACAGCAACAACAAAACCAGCAGCAGCAUCUACAACACCAACAACAGACUCCCUCCAGAAACGGCCCACCUCAAAGCGCUGGGAGAAGCAAAGGCACGAACUCGCCCCAGGUGCCGCCUCCGAAGAAGCCAGCGACGAUGCGCAGUCAGUCAACUGACCAUGUCAAGUCAUCCUCACGAGGACUUUCAUCUGAGAGGAAUGGACGUGCUACACCGCCGAACCCUUCACUGGUCUUGUCGGAACCCUCAAGCAACCCCGUUCUACGUAUGCGGGGCGGCGGCUAUAGCGAGCGCGAGACGUCGCCUGAGCGAGUCACGUCGUCUUCAGACAGUCGAGAGGGGGUUCAGCAUGCGAGAAGCACACCGCGUGCGCCCCCGUCGGUCAGCACCGAAGCGUCCUCGAUCGAUCUAGAUGAGAAUGCCACGCCGACUCAAGCACAACAUAGUCGCGGGCCGUCUGAAUCGACGCAAUUUCGAUUGGACCUGCGCGAUCCACCGGGCUCCCCCUUCAACAUUAAAUUUUGA